AUGUGUCAAUUCGAAUAUUAUCAAUAUGAACAAUGUGGUCAUAAAUCUAUCGAAAUCACAGAAUAUUGCAAUGAAGUUUUCUGGAAAGCUGGCAUGACAGCUCACCUUAUACCAUGUCCCGAACAGAAUUUCAGAGCAUUCUUUGUCAGAAUUGGCACCUUAGAUGGUAUGGAUUUUGGUUCGUGUCGCUGGAUCGGACUUGCUGGAUAUUGCAAGAUGUGUGAAGAAGAAUACAAGAUGCCAAAAAGUAUUCCUAGCCGCACAUAUCGUGAUUAUGAGUUUCUUGAAGGCGUUGGUAACCUCACUGCCCCCAUCUUCGCGGUCAAGUUGGCUGAACCUAUUGCAUACCCCGCGCCAUCCACAUCGAUGCGGUACUCUUCUACGUUUAAUGACGGUGUCACUCAAGAAAUCCUUGACAACGAGAUUGCCCAAUCCUCAAUUCCCCCACAUGUAGCAACACCUAUCGUCGGACAGAGCCUAUUGGUUCGUAGACUCAAGGCUUCACUCCAUCAUCCCUAUAUCUUCACUCCCCAUAUCAACAAUACGAACGCAGCUUUGAUUUCGGUUGAAGAUCAGGAUAUCGCAGCUUUGGUCUCGGGUCAAGAUAAGGAUACUCCCGAUCUGACCCAGGAUGCUUCCGAGUCUAAGGGUGAAAUCCUAGAAAUUUACUUCCCGCCAAAGCUUCAAUGGUACGAACUAAACCAAGGCGUCGAUGGUACCACUUUGCAAUGGAGAAGCCGAGGCUAUCACGAAGGCCAAAUGAUGGAGCUUCCACCAAGCAAAUACUUAUGGACCCAUGCUGGAUUGACCCCUGCGGAUGAGCAGUAUGUUGUGAAUAGAUUGAAGGAUGGCGUACCAUUGAAAAUUGUCUGGCGAGACAAGUUCAAGGAGAGGGGUACGAACUUUGGGUUGUUCUAUAGAUACGGCCGAAAGUUGGAGGAUCAGGUUCUCGAAGCACGUGGCGUGAGAGCGAACUCCAGGAUGGGGCAGAUCCAAAACGAGCUCGGCGAAAGAUCCCAAGCAGCUGAUGGCAUCCAACCAUUUGGCACUUAUCAAGAUAGGUCCGACGGUGAUUUUGAGCCAGGCCAUAGAGCUUUCCAACCUCAACUUGCUCCUCCCGUACAAAGUUGGUAUAACCUCACUCAACAACGUUUGCAGCAGCAGCAGCAGCAGCAACAACAGGGGGUCCAACAGCAGAUGAUGCAAUUCCAGAUGAUCCGACAACAACAGCAGUUAUUGCAGCAACAGGGGGUCCAACAGCAGAUGAUGCGAUUCCAGAUGAUCCGACAACAUAUAGAACAAAAUAGACUGCAGAUGAUCCAAAGACAUCAGAUACAACAAGAUGCACGCCAUCAGAUGUACCUGCAGACGAUGCACCUACAGAUGAUGCAACGUCAGCCAGAGUCACAACAGCAGCCGGCGUUGCAAGAGCAGCCAGCGUUGCAACAGCAGAUGCAACAAGAACAAGAGGUCGCUGAUUAUUUUUAUCAGAAGGCUCCUGUAGUGACCGUGGAGGAAGUGGAGGCAGAUGAUACAGAGGCUGCGUGA